CACCGCUUCCUGGUUGAGUUUCCACGCGUGUGUUUGUGUGCUUUCCGAGUCCUGCGAGUGUAAAACGUAGCUCAGGAGUAAGUUGUUUCAUGGCCAAGAACAAAUCUUUGAAAUCAAAACCUCCUAAAAGGAAGAAUUUGUGUGCAGCAGAGGACAGUGGCGAAAUAAUGGACAGUAAAGUAAACGCGAAGAGGAAAAAGGUGGAUGUAGACGAGGCUCCUGCUCAGAUGCCUCAUCUAACAAACACAACAGAUGGCAAAAAGCAGAAAAAGAACAAGAAGCACAAAAAGCAACAAGUGAACCAAGUAACAGAGCAAUCAAAGCAGACAGAGAUUCUUGAGCCACCCAGUUGUCCCGAGGGAACAGCUGAGCUGGAGGGACUGGAGGACUUGAGUCCCGAGGAGAAGCGGGUCCUCGAGAGGAAGUUGAAGAAGGUUCGGAAGAAGGAAGAGAAGAAAAGGCUGAAAGAAGAGGGAGUGACUUUGCAGAAAACAAAUCCACCUGGACCCAGUGCAGAACAGCAGGCCUUAGACUACCUCACGUGCUGGGCUGAAAAUCGUUCGCAGUGGAAGUUCCAGAAGACGAGGCAGACGUGGUUACUGCAGCACAUCUUUGACUCUGAGAAGAUUCCAGAUGAGAAGUACUCUGUGCUGCUUCAGUACCUGGAGGGGCUUCGAGGAAGUGGGAGGGACACAACCGUGCAGAAGGCCUUAUCCCUGGUGGAGGAGUCUGGAAAAGCACCAGAGGACAUAGUCGUCCAGCAGAGGGCACACAGAGCCAGAGAAGUUAUCCAGCUAUUAUCCUGAGCCACAAAUAUUACAGAGACACACACAAAAAGAAUCAGCUCUGUUCAGAGGACUGGGUCAUAGCCCCGAUCUCAGACUUGGGCUAAAGCUGUUUUAAAUGUAGAUUUUUGUAACAGUCCCUGUUUGUGUCACCAGUAUUGUUCACGCGUUUUAAUUAAAACUCUCUAUC